AUGGCGGCCGAUGCUACGGAGUCGGACGACAGCCCCAGUCCCAGCGCGAGUCGUCCUGUGAGCCGGACCGCCUCUGAGCGCAAGAAGAAGGCACCGAAGAGGAGGCUAGCGGAGCCGGCGCGGCCGGCGAAGGUUGCCCUGCUGGUUUGGAAGAUCUCUUGCUCCAUCUUGUCCCGGGCCGCGAAGCGGACACAGCGGAAGGCACUGCAGGAAGCGCUCGGGCGCCUGGCGGCCCAACACUUGGUGAAGAAAGUUUUGGCGACCGUGGCACAAUGGGAGCGACACGCGCUGAAAAACUGCAACUGGCGUGGAGAGGGUGACGCCAAGCCACCACAGACGAACUUACACCUGGGUGUGGGCUGGUGGGAGCUGCCGGAGUUGGAGAACUAUCCAGUCUCGGUGGCGGAUGCGACUGCGGCAAUGCUACAUGCGAUACAGUUCGGCGGCUCGAAGGAGUACGGGGGCGCAAUCGGCGACUUGAGCAGCUUCGUGAAGGAGUACGUGGCCAGCUGUCGGCUCACCUGCGUCAUCAAGCGCUACACCUUCGAGGAGAAGAAGGCCCGGUUCCAGCACCGUGAUGAGUUGAGGCAGGCCUUCGAAGAGCAGGAAGAAGCCCGGGGGAACUUCGAGGAGCGCGCGAAAGUCAUUGCGUCUACACUGGUCCAGAAGCAUGCGGACCUCAAGACCUUCGACGCACUGCACCAUCUGGCAACGCAGAGAGACAAGAACUUCGACGUGCACAUCUCCAACAGCAAGACCAUCUGCGAUGGUUACCUGUCUCUGCAAAACGUCCAUGUCUACCAGGCAUUGGGCAGGAUCUACCCGCGCCUCCUGGCCUUGGAGAAGGAGUUGGAAGACACCAUCCAGAGUGUGACGGGAUUGGCAGAUCCUGGCGCCGAGCCUGAGGCGAUAGAAGAGGAGGAGGGCCUGGAGGAUAUCAAGAAGGAGGAAGAAAGCCCGCGAGCCAGGGCCAGGCGCCGCAAGGAAACGAUGCGGCGGCGGAAGGCACUCCUGGAACAACAGCGAGUGAACAAGGGACCCGGAGAGGAGGCCGACCAGGCCUCCAACAGCCGGCCCGCGCUUCGCUUCGAAGACAAGGCGGCUCAUGACAAGCAGCUGGCAGCUCUGAAAGAGAAGUUCGACAGGGUGCUGCUGGAAUACGAUUUGGUUCCCGAUGCGGACAAAAGCAGAAUUGCACACCUCUACACCUUGGCCAAUCAGGGUCAGCAAAAACUGGAUCAAUACCAGGAUCAGCUCCAGAAGGCCGAGGAGGAUAUCGAGGUUCUAGCACACAGGACGAAAGAGGCGCUGAGGGCAGAGUCGGAGAAGAAGUGCUGGGAGAUGCUCCGGUCGGGGCGAUUGCCAACAGAGAUGCUUGGAAGCCUGAAGAAGCAGAGCAUCGAUGGGCCGACGCCUGAUGAUCGCGACGCACUGAAGGCCAGGACUGCGGCACUCUUCAGCCAGAUCGCGGACCGGCAGAAGACCACCGUGGAAGAGCGCGACCUGCAGGAAGAGCUGGAGUCCCUCCAGCAGGAAAUCCAGGAGCAGGAAGCCGUGCGCGUGGUCGAGGAGACGCAGGAGGCGGAAAGGAUCCAGACAGAGUCUGUUGAGCUCCCUUCGCUGGAUGCAGCGUUCUCACCGCUUCGAAGCUCUAUGGAGGUGUGCAAGCGGGUAAUGGAAUUGGCAUCUGUGGAGUUCGUGCAGCUGACCACCGGCGCGACAAAGCUGGAGAGGAAAGCAGAAGCUAUCGCGGGAUCUAUGGCCAGCUUAUUGGAGGGCCGGCCAUCCGAACAAGUGAAGGCACAGGUCAAUGAGUGGCAGGCCUUGUGCAAAGACCUCCUCCUCGACAUGGAACAGGUCGCGGAUUCCGUCAAGGUGGACGGCCUCCCCAAGGGCAUCGCCGACAAAGUGUGGAUGCAGAAGCAAGCAGAGAUUCGUGGAGCAUCAAGGAAGAAGCAAGAAGAGGCUGUCGAAGAGAAGCCGAGGGAGAAGACGAGCAAGAAGGCCGCCAAGCAGAAUGCAGUUACCGCGAAGAAGCAAGAGAUGAAGAUCGAGAAGGAGAUGCAGGACCAAGCGCUGAGAAAGAAGCAAAUCAUGCUGGGCAUUGAGAUGCUAUGGUCCCAGCUGCCAGAGAAUGAGGUGGCAGCUGACGCUGUCUCCAGCCACGGCUCCAUUAUGGUUUCGAGCCCUGCCGGCCCUGCGAGCCCUGCGGGAGCAGGGCCUGGCCGAGCCGCCAGGCCGACGCUGCAGACGCAGAAGUCCAAGAACCAGCUGAACCCAGUAAGCCCGCUGGAGCGGAUCUUGCAGCACCAUCGGGCCGACAUCGCAGCGGGCCACGAACGGCGGAACUCCUUGGUCAAGCAGAUAGAAGAGCUGCAGCAGAAGCUCGAAGAGCUUUCCCCAGAAGCUCAAGAAGUCCUGAAGAAAGCCGAGCAAGGCAUCGCAGAACGCAAGGCAGCGCAGGCUGCCAACAGGGCCCUGUCGCCCGGAGGUUCCGCCCCGCCUUCGCCCAGGGCGAAGUCCAAGCCUGCAGAACGGCGGGCCACGAAGUCUCGCGCCAGUAUCCUGCAGGUGGGCACGAACGGAGCUGAAGAGGAUGACGGUGCCAUGAGCGAUGAUUCCGAUCCCGACGAGGCCCCGGAGCCGAUGCGCUUGGAUCCCUGGAUGCUGGCCUUUCCCACUGACACGCCCGAGCUCGGGAAGAAGAAGUGGGAAUUCUGCAAAGCGAAUCGUAUCAAGCCUCACCGCCUGCACGACGCUAGCCGCCACAAGAAGUACAUCUUCGCGCUGAGGCGGAUGAUGAAGCAGUGCAAGCGAACACUGGCCCUAAAGCAGAAGCUCUUGAUGAAGUUUCUCAGUGGCGACGCGCUGCAGAAGUUCAAGGUGCAGAUGCAAAAGACGCCCCAAGAGGUGGAAGCAGAGGUCGACCAUGAAGGGAGGAAGUUGAAAGAAAGGGAUGCCAUGAUCGCAAAGCUGCUCACUUUCUGGCACCGACGAAUGCAACAGUUGGAGGACGAGAAGGAAGCAGAGCGAGAGACAUUCCGCUACAAGGUCAAAGCACUUCUGGAAGACAUCCAGAGCCUCGCGAAAGUGUUGGAGGAUGCGGCACUGACGAAGAAAAGGAGGAGACGUGUUGAUGCCGACGAUCUUCUGACCCUGCGGCAGCAGAAGGCUGCCACAGCUGCUGCCGAAGCGAUGCGCCCGAGGAUGUCACGUGCCGGGGAGGGCUCCGGUGACAUCGCACGCUUCCAAGCGAUGAUGUCACAACGCUCGGGGCGUCGUGCCUCUGCGGAUCAACAGGCCGCCGAAGGCGAUCAUCGCAAAGAGGAGAAGCAAGAGCGAAAGCGACUCGCGGAGCUGCUCCGGAAGCAUUUGGCGCAGCAUCGCAAAUCCUUCGAAGAGAAUGCGGAGAAGGCAGAGGCGAGCGACCACUCCUCCAGCGGAUCAUCCAAGUCUUCAGAGGAGGCUCCUGAGGGCGACCAGCUGCCGGGCCAGCAAAGCUCCGACCCCACGGGUGAGGCUCAGGAGGGCGACGCGGGCGCAUCCUCCGAGGGCUUCGUGCUGAUGAGAAGGCGGAAGCACAGUCUCAAGGAGCCACCGGUGCAGACACUCUCAUCCUUGACCAUGCUGGCAGACGUCCAGAAGGUGGAGGGAGCAAGACACCGCUCCAGCGUUGCAGGCACUCGAAUGUUUGGACGGCCAUCGUCGAGGAUGAGAGGAACUGCCAAAAGGAAAACGAGCGUGGCGAGAAAGGACUCCAUCUUCGAGAACCCUGCCGCAGUGUCAAGGCGCUUGACAGAUGACUCGGCACGGAGCGCUGCUUUGGCGCAGGUGCUGCAGAUGGCACAGGCCUCAGAUGCGGCAUCAGCAGACGACGACGCCAGCAAGGUAAUGCAGGCCGCCAGCGAGCGGAUUCGACGCAAAAGCGAGGAAGAGGCGCUUCUUUUGGCAGGAGCCGGGCCAGCACAGGCCGUCGCGCCGAAGCCUCUGCAAGCUCCCACGGACUUGCCAGGUGCGGUGUCGUUUCAUGGGCAUGCUUUUGGCCGCCGCGCUUCACAACGCCCUGGGACUCGGAAGCAUGAGGAUGGGGAGAGCAAGCGCCGCAAGGACUCGGAGACGCCAACCCCCUUUAUCAUGGGAUUGCUGGGCAAAGGUUCCUCGCAGCCCGGCUCGCGCGCCGCUUCGCCGGAGGACCCGGGGCCGCCCAGCAUGGCAGCCUCGAGGCCUCCUCCUGCCAAGACUCGCUCGGCUUCGCGAAUCUAUCAGGGGCGGCCCUCGGCGGCAGGCCUGACUCUCCCGCUGGCCAGAGCGGAGGACGGAGGUAUGCGCCCCUCCGCCGGCAGUGGGGAGCCGGGAAGGCGAAGCAAAUCUCCUGAUCACUCCAGGCGCAGCAGCGGCGCGAGCGAACAUGAUGGAGAUACUGGGAACGAAGUAUCAGAGGAGGAGAUGCGAGCAGACCUGUUCUUGAAGGCCACCUACCUUCAUCUUGGAGCAUUCAGGCAGCACUACCUGCACCCAAGCCUGAAGGGCCAGCGGCCUUCGCUGAGCGAUGCCAUCAUGGGUGAGAACGGCGAGGUACUCUUCCGCAGCUUAAUCGCCCAGAUCGUCGAUUUGCCGUCGGAAAUGCUUCGGCGAGCUGUGCGCCACUUCAUCAACACGGAGCGUGCGCGCUGUCUCUUCAUCGUGAAGAACUCGCUGAUCCACCAAGCGCGAUUGGAGCUCGAGGCCAGUCAAAGAACCAUCUCUAUCCUGGAGUCGGACCCAGACGAAGUGGAGAGGCAGAUGAAAGAAGGAGGGCCGCUGUUUCCGGCAAUGAAGAAAGCAAAGGAGAGCGCGGCGACUGCGAAGGACACCAAGCCGUCUCCCUCACCGUCGGAGUCAUCCAGCGACUCCAGCAGUGACGAGGAGCCGGAGAAGCCGGCAGGGGGCAUCUCGCCGCCCUCUACCCAGGCCCAGGCGGUGCAUCGUGCUUCGAUACGCGGCAAGCUGCGUCGUGCUGGAGUGCACAGUUUCAUGGCUUUCGCGGAAGGUUUGCAUCAGCUAAACAGGCGACCAACUCGUGACCACGCAAUACCCCGCACAUCCGACGAAAUGGAUGUGCCAAUGCUGCAGAUCCGCUCUGUCGACGGCCCGCGUCCGCACGUGGCCAUGGACGCUGCGGCAAACGAGGCUCCAGAUCAUUCAGCCGUCACCAAAACAGGCUCCAUCAAAAAGCGGUUUGGUGGUUCCACGACCUCAACCACCCUGUCCGACCGACUGAGGGAGGCCCAGCUGGCGGCUGAUGCGGCUUCAUCAUCAAGGCAAGGGAGCCAUGCGUCGGAGAAGCCCCUGGUCUCUGCGAUGUCACUGCAGACGUCCAUGCUGAAAACCAUGCUAAAGAAGCCGGCGGUCCAGGACUCCAAGAAGCAAUCCUCCACUAUGAGCCUGAUUGGAGACUACAACUGGGACAAGCCGGCAGAAUUUGGAGUGCUCAAGUUCGCACCUGGCCCUAUCCAGCGCAGAGCCAUGGCAGUGUUGUCGCUUUUGGGACUUUUGCUCCCCGUGCUUUCGUCAUCCCAGUCCCAAGGCGGAGACUACAUGAGCCAGUAUGCUGCUCCGUACCAGCAGUACAUGCAGGGAGCAUCUGGCAGUGGCAGUGAUGGCUACCAGAAGUACUACAGCAAGUACACUUCGGAGUACGGCUCCGGUGGCGGAGGGUAUGACAAGUACAUGUCGAAGUACGCUGGCAACUAUGCCGCCAAGUACAUGCCGUCGUCCGAGUCUGGCAAGUCUUCUGAAGAUGCAGAGAAGCCAGUAAGCUUCGCCGCAGCGGAGGCUGGCUCGGAGAAGAAGAGCAAGGACGAGUCAGCUGGCCAGAACGGCGGCGCCGGUGACUACAAGCAGUAUAUGGACUAUUCCAAAUAUACUCAGGGUCAGGGCUCGCAGGGCGGCGCCGGUGACUACAAGAAGUACAUGGAAUCCUACACCGGUGAUUACAGCAAGUACAUGAAGGGCAAAAGGCUCAAGAGCUCAAGUUCGCACCCGGCCGUAUCUCCCAUUGCCAUGGCGGUGCUGCUCUUCAUGCGGCCGCCACGUCCAAGCCAACCGGUGCCGCUGGGCCGGACGGAUGGCGCCAGCGGCAUCAUGAGGGCUGAUGGGCUAAGGCCCAUAGCGGUCAUGAGCAUUCUUUGGCGGGUCGUCAGCUCAGCAGCCGCGACACAUGAAUCGAUGCAGAACUGGGUCGAUCAAGUGGUUGAGCCAGGGCAGUUUGGCGGCAUACGUGCCCGCCAUCUCCAUCAAGGACUCGGUAAGCUCAGCGGGGGCUUUCAGCGAGGCGCCGCACUCACGAGCUUAGACUUGGCCAAAUGUUUCGAUUACGUGCAUCCCGAGCUAGCGGUGGAGGUACUUGCCGAAGCGGGGUUUCCAGGGAUAUUGCUGGCCGCGAUGUCUCAUACCUGGCAUCAGGAACGCUUCUUGGAGCUGGGGGGCUACGUCCUUCGUGACCCUCAGGUGGUGAGCUCGGCUCUGCCACAAGGAGAUGGACUCUCUCCAUUGGCUUUGAACGUGCUUCUCUCGGCUGCUUGCCGGGAAGCACGCCGUUUAGGGCUGCAGGAGUUUGAGCAAAGUAUUUUCUUGGACGAUCGAGCCUUCACGUCCACCCCGGACGACGUUCCUCGACUCCUUGCUCAUUGGGAGGGUUGGUCAAAUGUUCUGGGCCUCAAAGAGAAUCAGCGGAAACAAGCCAUUGAGAUCGUUGCUCAAUUUGCCGCCCUGUUCAAGCAGGUUGUCUAUAGCCACCGGAUGGGGCAUUCGGGCCUCAGGCAGAUCCUGGAAGGUCAUGCGAUGAGCCUGCCUUUCGCUGCGGGCCUCCAUGCUCUCAGAGCGUGGCGCGGUUCAGGGGUUGCACAACAGCUGGCGGCUCAGACCGCUGAGGGCACGUGGUUCAGGACAAUUGCGAAAUUCUUGCAAAGCCACGGCUGGCAUCAUGAGGGCGGGGCGGUCUUUAGCACCGCUACCAGACGCCUCGACUGUGGGAUCGAUCCUCCCAAGCCUAUGGAACAUAAAAUCCGCGCACAAUGGCGUCAGCAGCUGCAUGAAAACUUCGUUCAAGCCGAUCGGCGCGACUCCCGAGCACUUGCCCAAUGGGCCUUCAGUGAAGCUCAGGUGCGAAAAGCCAUUCAGAUCUACCAGUGUGCGGGGUCGGAUGGCAAAUCAGUUAUGGUCGGCGCUGCCCAUUCGACAGCGUUCUACGAGAAGCGUAAGCAUGGACAUGUGGACCAGGUGUGUCCGUGGUGCGAGACGCCGGUGGUUCCCGACUGGGAGCAUCUUGCAUGGCAGUGCAGUGGAGUGCCAGGUGCCUCGGAGCGGCCCGUCGCCCCUCCCGCGGGGCCUCUGCGGAGGCUGGGAUGGCCCGGGGCCCAUGAAACAUGUGAGCAGGCUAGCCAACGACUCCGAUGGCUCGGCAGUGUGCGCGAGGCUGUGCGUGAGCAGCUCGGUGAGGGCAGGUCCGGCGCUCAUGGAGGCUGGUCGUGCUUCGGCUCGGCCACGCUGCCAUUCAAAUCAAACAGUGGUGACUACAAGGGGAACGAGGAUAUGCCUCCACGCGGCGUUCCCGGACCUGGGCCUUUGGCCAGGUACAGAAUAUCAGCGGCAAGAUCGAAGAUCCGCAAGAUGAUGAAUUUAGCAGCCUUGGCUCAGGGGGGCUUUGCUGCUACUACAAAUUCGAGGAGCUCAUUACAAGCACCUACGGGCUGCUUGUUGCACAUGUUGGUGGCCAACGAGCUCGAACGAGAUGGCGGCGCAUUGGCCGGCCUUUCUGCUGCCGGGGCCUUGGGUGGCCGGGCGGCCCUGAUUGGCUGGGCGCUUUCGCGUGGGCAUGGCAGCUGCUCUUCGAUUUUCUGCUGGCCUUGGUACUUGGCGAUGCAGGAGCGUGGUGCUGUGCUGUGGAGCCGUGUGGUCGUGGAGAAAGCCGGUCCGCCAGUGACCGGCGGGGUCCUAGGCAGGUUUUUACGCCUCAUCCCAAGCGUCGCUCUCUUCGGCAGCGAUGGCAUGGCAAGGUGCGAGGGAGACAGGCAAGACGUAGAGCUAGGCCCGGACGGCAAUCCUGGGCGGGAGGCAGGCAGUGUUUGCGACAUAAUGUGCACGGGCCUGGAUUUCCUUCGUGCGCUCAAGCAGCUUGUGGAGGACUUUAGCCCUCAACAAGAGGACAGGCUUGUUCAGAGGGCCACGGUGAAUGGAUCCCAGGGGCUGGGCGAGCGCAUCAAGCAGGUGCUCGCGAGCGCGGAGGCGAGGAAGGCAGCUGAAAAGAAGCAGUCGUUUUAUGGUGCCCUUCCCCAGCGCCAGCCUCGCAGUGCCAACCGAGAGCGCAAAGGGCAUGAUCAGGCCGAGCGGAUCCUUGUUAAAUCCCAGGACCAAGCCACGGGUGACUUGGGUGAGUCUGCUUCCAAAUGCGAUUUGACGUGCAUCAAGGGCGAUCGCCGAGAGGUGAAGCAGUGGCAGGCCGUGGCCCUCACACAAGAGGGUUGCCCGGCUUUCAUGCACACUGAAAUGUGGAGGACCCUGCAGGACAGCCCGAAGGAGACGGUGAAUCGCCUCUUAGGGCUGCGGGCCCACAAGGCUGAGGGCUGGAAGCUGGUUACCGGGCAAGGGCAGGGAAGUGAGCCGUUUUUCGUUGGUUACGUCACUUUCGAAGCCGAUGGCGCCUGCAAGGCCUUAGCUCAGUCGGGACAGAAUGGCAUCUUCACUGAGCCGUUGGCUCGUGAUCAGGCGGCUCGCCCUUUGGUCAGCUGGAUAGCACCGGGCGACCUCGGCGGCCUCAGUUACCUAAGGUGUGCCCUGCAGGAGGCAGCUGGAAAACCAUUGGCAUUACGGAAGGGGCAGGGCGCUUGCCUCGGCGUCCGUGCCCAGAAAGGCGAGGCCAUCAAGAGUACGAGCACCUGGCGGGUGAGAAGGGUUCCGCGCAGCUGGAGCGACACUGACGUCAUUGCCGCUGUGGAAGGAGCCGCCUUCACAGAAGUCAAAAUCUUGAGCGAGGCGCAAGGCAGUCGCCCCUGGUUGAUGCGUGGUGUGCUCCCCGAUGACACGGGGGACUUGGCUAUGUUGAUUGAGGCGGGGGCCAAAACCUUGCGCAUCGAGCGAGUUCUGGGACGCCAGAAGGCCGAGAGCUUUCGUGAACAGCGUUGGCAGCCACCCAAGGCGAGCAAGCCGGCCCCGGCUGCUCGGCCGCCGCGGGUGGAAAACAUGGUGAUUGACGACGACGAUGACGAGGAGGAGGCGAAGGCGGCUGAGGCGGCGCCCGGUAGCGCAGGUGCCGCGGAUCAGGUGCCGACUUCGGGUGAGGCGGCCACGGGGCAGGGGGCCGGCAAUCAAGCCAAGCCCGCUCCUAAGGCCAAGCGGCAGCGUGUCGAGCCCUGGGACGAGUUGGAGUGCGGCGCUUCGGGGCAUUGCUUUUACAACUGCGUCACCGCUGGCUUUGUCAUGAAGACGACGCGUGCAUCUUUCGAUGAGAUCCAAGGCGAGCUGAUGGCGAAGGGCAGAGGGCUCCGGAGUAGGGUGGCUUCUUUCAUCCAGGGGCACGAGGGUCGGUUCCGGCCAUACUUCGAACCAAGCUGCAUCUCCCAGGACUCGCCCGAUCCUGAGGCCGAGACCGAGCACUUGAAGAUCAUAGAGGAUGGCGACCCGCCGACCUCCUGGCAGGAGUACGUGAAGGCCAUCUGGAGGCCUAACAGAUGGGCUGACGAAAUCAGCUUUAGAGCCACAGCGGCCUUGCUCGGCAUAAGCAUUCGACUCAUCUGUGGGAGCCUGGAGAAACCUAACCAAGUUCUCUCCUACAUGAACCCGAAAUCCGCUACGGUGCUGUACUUACAUCAUUCCUUGGGACAUUACACUUUGCUGGUGCCCAAAGGAGGGGCCCUUCCAAGCUACAUCCCGCGGGACGAGGACGAGCCGAUGGCCUCGCAAUCUUUCGCCCCUCGCGGUGGUGGCAAGCACAGGCAGGCUCACUCAGCGAGGCAGAGCAAUGCCAUUGAUGACUCGUGGAUCCCAGCCCGCGAGGACUCCGAUGCCGAGCAUGCGCCUCGCAAGGCAGUGAAGCGCGAAGGAACCAUUGAGGCCGCCGCUUGCAAAAUGGAGCCUCGGGUGGUGCAGGUCAAGCGCGAGCCUUCCCCGAUGGAGGCCAAUGUCGCUAAGGACCGUGGUUCGAGGGAUCGCGGUGGCUGUGCAGGCGCUUCUGAGGCCACCCGGGUUGCUUCUGUCAGGACUCGGCCUCGGGCGGUGCGCAAGCGCCCAGCGGCUGCUGCUAAGGUCAAAAGCGAGCCGCGGCCUAGUGAUCCGCCAGGCAAGGCUGGUCGGCGCACGCCGAAGGAGCAUGGACCCGCGGAGCGCCGUGGAACUUUGCUAGCGGCACCGCAUAAGACUAAGCGCGAGGUUUCGGGGUCAGGUGCGCGUGAGGUCUUGGGGGAGGGUGCCUGGGAUUCCAGGGUUAAGGCCGAGGAGCCGACAUCACAGGCGGUGGCCCCGCCGCCGGUUGCACCGGAGCACUGGCCGGCUCGGGAUGCCAAGCAGCCCAAGGCCCACUGGUCCAAGGUUUGUGCCGAGAAGCGGAGCCAGCAGUUCAUGACGGAGCAUAAACGUUUUGCUUGGGAGUGCGAUGUGUGCAGAAUGCGGGUGUCAUCAGGGGUGUGGGCCGGCCUCAGGUUCGCCCGCAACAAUCACAUCCGUAGGCUGCAUAAAGGUGUUGACAAGCGGCGCUUCUCCAAGUUGGGUCCCGCGCCACGGCUGCCAAUCCCUCUCCAGGUCGACUGCCAGGACCCGACGUGGAUGUGCUGGCACUGUGGCUACUUCCUUGCGAAAUGCCAGAGGAGGGUACGGGCGAACAGCAUUGAUGCCCACAUCCGUCAGUGCGAGUCUUGCCCUCUGGGCUGGAGCCCGCUGUUGAACAUGAAGGCGAUUCUCGAGGAUCAUGGCUUCGCGACCCUUGGGAAACACCAGGCGGCCCUCGCUCAGAUGUUCCACAAGGUUGAUCUCCGGGUUUAUAGGCCGGCUGAUCGCGACCCAGUGAAGCAGGAGCCGGGUGGAGGAUACGAGCAUGAUCUCACCGACGACGGCGAUGUUGAGAGCAAUCCUGGACCGGACAGUUGUCGGGUCCUUUCCUGGAACGCACAGGGGUUCAACCACAUGGUUGAGGCCCUUCAGCUGGGGUGCUUCACUGGAUUCGAUGUGCUUGCGAUCCAGGAACCUAACCUGUCCAGGAAUCACUUUUUGGAGCUCACCCGCAUGACUGAGAGGAAGGGCUUUCAUGCAUACGCCAGAUGUGCCGAGGAGAAGACGGACUCCGCAGGCCGCUACUCGUGCAGAGGUGGGCUCGUCACCUUGGUUCGUCACGGCUUGCCUUCGUUUAGGGUCGGUGAUAGGUUCCUUGAGGGUGAGUUUGAGGGUCUUACGGUUUCGGUAGGCGGGUGCCUGUUCCACAAUUGGCACCGAAAACCCGCGGGGGACAUGGAGCUCUACCAGGCCGCAGUGAGUGACAGUUUGCGGGAGAGGAGCCCGGCAGUGGCCAUCGGUGACCACAACGCCGACUUCGUGGACUUCUGCUGUGAUCAUGGCUGCAAGCAUGCGGCCUUGGACGAGUACGGGGUGCCUCGGCCCACUCGUGUUGGAGGCAGGCGAUGCAUUGAUUUUGCUGUUUGUGGCGACGGCCUUAGCCUGUGUGAAACCGAGUUGUGUGAGAGCACCUUCGGUGAUCAUUACAUGUUUGGGUGCAGUGUGCAGGGCUCUUGGAGCCGCAGCGGAGGUGCUCAGCUUCUUAGGGCCAGACCCACUUCGCAGUACCUCCCGCCUGAGGGGGUUUCCACACUUGAGUGGACCCAGCUGCAGGCUGACCAUUGGGUGGAGGUCCAAACUCCUCCCGAUGGACAGCUCACCACGGAGCAGGAGUGGAGUUGGUUCAAUGCGCAGGCCGAGCUCGCCAUGCGACGGGCCACUACGGCUUGUGGUGCAGUGCCUAGGGAUCCGCAGGGCAGGCGACCUAAGGGUUCAGGCUUCGAGGUCCAGGUGCAAGCCGCGGGAGCCCGCGACUCCAGUGACGGUCAAUCGUGUCAGCUCAAAAGGCUGCUGAACCUGCAGGGCAGGCUACGUGAAUGGCAGCGCCCGGCAAGCAUGGGACGUGACAUCAGCGCGGUGCAAGCGAAUGUGAUUCGCUCGUGGGUGCCACGACUUGGUAGCUUCCCUCAGGACAUUGGGGAGGCCCUUGCACUCGUCGCCCAAGGGAUCGCCGACGCCCAGCAUGAGGCUUCCAGGUGGCUUAAAGGCAAAGGGCAUGUCACGACGCGGGUGACGGCCCAUGACACGCCCGAGGAUGCGCCGGCUGGCCCGGUGUCGGUCGGCGAUAGCCUGCGCAACCUGCGCGACUUCUGGCGGGAGAUCUGGGACAGGACUCCUUGUGAUCACGAGGCAGCCGUCCGAAGAUGGAAGCAGCAUGGGAAGCGGCAGCGCUUCAAUGGGCGGGCGUGUUCGCUGUGGGAGCCUGCGGCUUUGCACGCGGCCGCUCGAGCCAAACCGGUUGGGGGCGCUGGCCCAUGCGGCUGGUCCGGCCAGGAAGUUUCCACGUGGCCAGCCCGUGCUUGGGAAGUCUUUAGUCAGCUCGUUGACCGAUGGAUGCAGCGCGGGGUUUUUCCUCGGGCUUGGAGACAGGUUCGUCAGAUUCACUUGCCUAAGGAGGAUGGUUCGACAUCCAAUGCCCAGGUUCGGGCCGACAAGCUCCGGCCGAUCGUCGUCAUGUCCAUCUUGUGGAGGAUUGUCAGCUCGGCGGCGGCCUCCCACGAGAAGAUGCAGCAGUGGAUCCAGCGUGUGGUGGAACCGGAGCAGUGCGGCGGGAUCCGCGGACGCCAUGCUCACCAUGGGCUCGGUCGUCUGUGUCGGACGUUUCAGGCUGGGGCUGUCCUUACCAGCCUCGACCUGGCUAAAUGCUUCGACCAUGUCCAUCCGGACAUGGUGUUGAGGGUCUUGGAGGCCGCCGGCUUUCCCAGAAGUUUGCGUGCGGCCAUGGCUCACGCGUGGUCGCAGGAGCGAUUCCUUGAAGUCGGAGGUUAUGUGCUUCAGGAGUCGCAGCACGUGAGUUCCUCCAUGCCACAAGGAGACGGGCUCUCCCCGCUAGCCCUCAACGUACUGCUGGCGGCACCCUGUGCUGCGGCGCGGCACCUGCGGUGCGAGCAGUUCGAGCAGAGCAUCUUCCUGGAUGAUCGCGCUUUCACCGCGAAGCCUGCUGACGUUCCCAGGCUCCUGCAGCACUGGACGAGCUGGUCGGAGUCGUUCGGGCUCAAGGAGAACAAGCGCAAGCAAGCCAUUGUGACCAGAUGUGCUGCUUCGGCACAGCGGCUCCGCAACUUGGGGCUCGGGCCGCUCUUGUGCAGUUCGGCCAGAGUUUUGGGUGUGGACUUCACUGACAGCUCUGGCGCUCCGAGCCCUACCGCGGAGGCACGGCUCAACGAGGCGAUGCAGAUGGGCCGCAAGCUCAUCAAUCCCGGAAUCCCUCUUGACAUCCGGAGAGACCUGUGGCGGACCCGAGUCAUCCCGAAGGCGAGCUGGGGCCACUUGCUGCGACCCGUCUCCCAGGAGAUCGCGAAAGAGUUCAGGGCCCUCUUCAAGCGAGUGACCUACGGCCAUCGGAUGGGCCACAACGGCCUCAGGGGAAUCCUGGAAGGCCAUGGCAUGGAUCUUGGCUUCAUGGCAGGCCUGCACACCUUGCGCACUUGGCGCUCGUCGGGCUCGGCGCAGGCCCUCCUUGCGAAGAGCACUGCUGGCACUUGGUUUGGGUCGGUCUGCAACUUCUUAGGAGCUCAGGCUUGGCGGCACGAGGGAGGCGGCAUCUUCAACACCGCAGCUAGGCGCAUCGACUGUGUGAACGAGGCCGCUGCUCCUCUCGAACACCAGAUUCGAUCGCAGUGGAGGCAACAGCUUCAUGAGGACUUCGUGCAGGCUGACAGACGAGAUGCCAGGGAUUUGCGCAUGUGGUGCUUUAGCGAGGCCCAAGUGAGGAAAGCGAUCCCGCUGUACCAGGCGGCGGGAUCAGAUGUUAAGGCCGUUAUGCUGGGGGCCGCUCACUCGUCUGCCUUCUACAUGAAGGCGAGGGUUGGCCAAGCUGCUCCUCGAUGCCCUUGGUGUGAUGCCAGGGCUGUGCCGGACUGGGACCACCUGGCUUGGCAGUGCAGCGGCAUGCCAGGUGUUGUGGAUAGACCGCCUGUUCCCCCUCUCGCUCUUCAGAGGAGGUUGGGAUGGCCUGAAGCUGGUGAGUGCAGCUCCGUUGCGGCCCGCAGGCUGCGCUGGCUUGGAAGUGUGCGAGAGGCGGUCCGAGAGAAGCUCGUGGCAGCCAUGCUUGCAUGGCCGGGAUGCUGGUCCGUGGGCCACGCAGCCUUCCAAAAUCAACGUGGUGACUACAAGCAGUACAUGCAGUCCUACGGUGGGGACUACAGCAGGGAACGAGGAUAUGCCUCCACGCGGCGUUCCCGGACCUGGACCUUUGGCCAGGUACAGAAUAUCAGCGGCAAGAUCGAAGAUCCGCAAGAUGAUGAAUUUAGCAGCCUUGGCUCAGGGGGGCUGUGCUGCUACUACAAAUUCGAGGAGCUCAUUACAAGCACCUACGGGCCGCUUGUUGCACAUGUUGAUGGCCAACGAGCUCGAACGAGAUGGCGGCGCAUUGGCCGGCCUAUCUGCUGCCGGGGCCUUGGGUGGCCGGGCGGCCCUGAUUGGCUGGGCACUUUCGCGUGGGCAUGGCAGCUGCUCUUCGAUUUUCUGCUGGCCUUGGUGCUUGGCGAUGCUGGAGCGUGGUGCAGUGCGGUGGAGCCGUGUGGUCGUGGAGAAAGCCGGUCCGCCAGUGACCGGUGUACAGGUACAGGUCUGGAUUUUUCAUCUUUUGAUUUUGUGAGCUCAUGCAAUGAGAGCACCGAUGUGGUCAAAGAGGAUUUCCUUCGUGCGCUCAAGCAGCUUGUGGAAGACUUUAGCCCUCAACAAGAGGCAGCAGGCCGCGGUCGGGAGCCCAGUGAUGAUCAGUUGCUGGCGGCCAUUGGCAGGCUUGUUCAGAGGGCCACGGUGAAUGGAUCCCAGGGGCUGGGCGAGCGCAUCAAGCAGGUGCUCGCGAGCGCGGAGGCCGGCAGGCCCCUUGAUAGCAGCCGUGCGGAGCGCAAGCGCAAAGCUAAGGCGAGGAAGGCAGCUGAAAAGAAGCAGUCGUUUUAUGGUGCCCUUCCCCAGCGCCAGCCUCGCAGUGCCAACCGAGAGCGCAAAGGGCAUGAUCAGGCAGGGUGGCAUGUCGACAGGUCGAUGCCUGCUAUCACGGCAGGGGAGGCCAAAAGACGGAUGCAUGAGCAAUUGCCUUUGCAGGCCGAGCGGAUCCUUGUUAAAUCCCAGGACCAAGCCACAGAGCUGAGAGACAUGGCAAGGGUUAAUGAGGUUAAGGGCAAGGUUGCUUUAGUUAGCCAGGGUGACUUGGGUGAGUCUGCUUCCAAAUGCGAUUUGACGUGCAUCAAGGGCGAUCGCCGAGAGGUGAAGCAGUGGCAGGCCGUGGCCCUCACACAAGAGGGUUGCCCGGCGACCCCAUUGAUCCGUAGGCAGUCCACUUUUACACCGCCAUCUCGAAAGUUGCAGACCCUCAGAGUGCUUGCUGCUAAGGCUUUCAUGCACACUGAAAUGUGGAGGACCCUGCAGGACAGCCCGAAAGAGACGGUGAAUCGCCUCUUAGGGCUGCGGGCCCACAAGGCUGAGGGCUGGAAGCUGGUUACCGGGCAAGGGCAGGGAAGUGAGCCGUUUUUCAUUGGUUACGUCACUUUCGAAGCCGAUGGCGCCUGCAAGGCCUUAGCUCAGUCGGGACAGAAUGGCAUCUUCACUGAGCCGUUGGCUCGUGAUCAGGCGACUCGCCCUUUGGUCAGCUGGAUAGCACCGGGCGACCUCGUCGGCCUCAGUUACCUAAGGUGUGCCCUGCAGGAGGCAGCUGGAAAACCAUUGGCAUUACGGAAGGGGCAGGGCGCUUGCCUCGGCGUCCGUGCCCAGAAAGGCGAGGCCAUCAAGAGUACGAGCACCUGGCGGGUGAGAGGGGUUCCGCGCAGCUGGAGCGACACUGACGUCAUUGCCGCUGUGGAAGGAGCCGCCUUCACAGAAGUCAAAAUCUUGAGCGAGGCGCAAGGCAGUCGCCCCUGGUUGCUGCGUGGUAUGCUCCCCGAUGACACGGGGGACUUGGCUAUGUUGAUUGAGGCGGGGGCCAAAACCUUGCGCAUCGAGCGAGUUCUGGGACGCCAGAAGGCCGAGAGCUUUCGUGAACAGCGUUGGCAGCCACCCAAGGCGAGCAAGCCGGCCCCGGCUGUUCGGCCGCCGCGGGUGGAAAACAUGGUGAUUGACGACGACGAUGACGAGGAGGAGGCGAAGGCGGCUGAGGCGGCGCCCGGUAGCGCAGGUGCCGCGGAUCAGGUGCCGACAUCGGGUGAGGCGGCCAAGGGGCAGGGGGCCGGCAAUCAAGCCAAGCCCGCUCCUAAGGCCAAGCGGCAGCGUGGCGAGCCCUGGGACGAGUUGGAGUGCGGCGCUUCGGGGCAUUGCUUUUACAACUGCGUCACCGCGGGCUUUGUCAUGAAGACGACGCAUGCAUCUUUCGCCGAGAUCCAAGGCGAGUUGAUGGCGAAGGGCAGAGGGCUCCGGAGUAGGGUGGCUUCUUUCAUCCAGGGGCACGAGAGUCGGUUCCGGCCAUACUUCGAACCAAGCUGCAUCUCCCAGGACUCGCCCGAUCCUGAGGCCGAGACCGAGCACUUGAAGAUCAUAGAGGAUGGCGAGCCGCCGACCUCCUGGCAGGAGUACGUGAAGGCUAUCUGGAGGCUUAACAGAUGGGCUGACGAAAUCAGCUUUAGGGCCACGGCGGCCUUGCUCGGCAUAAGCAUUCGACUCAUCUGUGGGAGCCUGGAGAAACCUGCCCAAGUUCUCUCCUACAUGAAUCCGAAAUCCGCUACGGUGCUGUACUUACAUCAUUCCUUGGGACACUACACUUUGCUGGUGCCCAAAGGUGGGGCCCUUCCAAGCUACAUCCCGCGGGACGAGGACGAGCCGAUGGCCUCGCAAUCUUUCGCCCCUCGCGGCGGUGGCAAGCACAGGCAGGCUCACUCAGCGAGGCAGGGCAAGGCCAUUGAUGACUCGUGGAUCCCGGCCCGCGAGGACUCCGAUGCCGAGCAUGCGCCUCGCAAGGCAGUGAAGCGCGAAGGAACCAUUGAGGCCGCCGCUUGCAAAAUGGAGCCUCGGGUGGUGCAGGUCAAGCGCGAGCCUUCCCCGAUGGAGGCCAAUGUCGCUAAGGACAGUGGUUCGAGGGGUCGCGGUGGCUGUGCUGGCGCUUCUGAGGCCACACGGGUUGCUUCUGUGCGCAAGCGCCCAGCGGCUGCUGCUAAGGUCAAAAGCGAGCCGCGGCCUAGUGAUCCGCCAGGCAAGGCUGGUCGGCGCACGCCGAAGGAGCAUGGACCCACGGAGCGCCGUGGAACUUUGCUAGCGGCACCGCAUAAGACUAAGCGCGAGGUUUCGGGGUCAAGUGCGCGUGAGGUCUUGGGGGAGGGUGGCUGGGAUUGCAGGGUUAAGGCCGAAGAACCGACAUCACAGGCGGUGGCCCCGCCGCCGGUUGUACCGGAGCACUGGCCGGCUCGGGAUGCCAAGCAGCCCAAGGCCCACUGGUCCAAGGUUUGUGCCGAGAAGCGGAGCCAGCAGUUCAUGACGGAGCAUAAACGUUUUGCUUGGGAGUGCGAUGUGUGCAGAAUGCGGGUGUCAUCAGGGGUGUGGGCCGGCCUCAGGUUCGCCCGCAGCAAUCACAUCCGUAGGCUGCAUAAAGGUGUUGACAAGCGGCGCUUCUCCAAAUUGGGUCCCGCGCCACGGCUGCCAAUCCCUCUCCAGGUCGACUGCCAGGACCCGACGUGGAUGUGCUGGCACUGUGGCUACUUCCUUGCGAAAUGCCAGAGGAGGGUACGGGCGAACAGCAUAGAUGCCCACAUCCGUCAAUGCGAGUCUUGCCCUCUGGGCUGGAGCCCGCUGUUGAACAUGAAGGCGAUUCUCGAGGAUCAUGGCUUCGCGACCCUUGGGAAACACCAGGCGGCCCUCGCUCAGAUGUUCCACAAGGUUGAUCUCCGGGUUUAUAGGCCGGCUGACCGCGACCCAGUGAAGCAGGAGCCGGGUGGAGGAUACGAGCAUGAUCUCACCGACGACGGCGAUGUUGAGAGCAAUCCUGGACCGGACAGUUGUCGGGUCCUUUCCUGGAACGCACAAGGGUUCAACCACAUGGUUGAGGCCCUUCAGCUGGGGUGCUUCACUGGAUUCGAUGUGCUUGCGAUCCAGGAACCUAACCUGUCCAGGAAUCACUUCUUGGAGCUCACCCGCAUGACUGAGAGGAAGGGCUUUCAUGCAUAUGCCAGAUGUGCCGAGGAGAAGACGGACUCCGCAGGCCGCUACUCGUGCAGAGGUGGGCUUGUCACCUUGGUUCGUCACGGCUUGCCUUCGUUUAGGGUCGGUGAUAGGUUCCUUGAGGGUGAGUUUGAGGGCCUUACGGUUUCGGUAGGCGGGUGCCUGUUCCACAAUUGGCACCGAAAACCCGCGGGGGACUUGGAGCUCUACCAGGCCGCGGUGAGUGACAGUUUGCGGGAGAGGAGCCCGGCAGUGGCCAUCGGUGACCACAACGCCGACUUCGUGGACUUCUGCUGUGAUCAUGGCUGCAAGCAUGCGGCCUUGGACGAGUGCGGGGUGCCUCGGCCCACUCGUGUUGGAGGCAGGCGAUGCAUUGAUUUUGCUGUUUGUGGCGACGGCCUUAGCCUGCGUGAAACCGAGCUGUGUGAGAGCACCUUCGGUGAUCAUUACAUGUUUGGGUGCAGUGUGCAGGGCUCUUGGAGCCGCAGCGGAGGUGCUCAGCUUCUUAGGGCCAGACCCACUUCGCAGUACCUCCCGCCUGAGGGGGUUUCCACGCGUGAGUGGACCCAGCUGCAGGCUGACCAUUGGGUGGAGGUCCAAACUCCUCCCGAUGGACAGCUUACCACGGAGCAGGAGUGGAGUUGGUUCAAUGCGCAGGCCGAGCUCGCCAUGCGACGGGCCACUACGGCUUGUGGUGCAGUGCCUAGGGAUCCGCAGGGCAGGCGACCUAAGGGUUCAGGCUUCGAGGUCCAGGUGCAAGCCGCGGGAGCCCGCGACUCCAGUGACGGUCAAUCGUGUCAGCUCAAAAGGCUGCUGAAUCUGCAGGGCAGGCUACGUGAAUGGCAGCGCCAGGCAAGCAUGGGACGUGACAUCAGCGCGGUGCAAGCGAAUGUGAUUCGCUCGUGGGUCCCACGACUUGGUAGCUUCCCUCAGGACAUUGGGGAGGCCCUCGCACUCGUCGCCCAAGGCAUCGCCGACGCCCAGCAUGAGCGCCAGCGUGCAUCCAUCAACAGAUGGAAACAGAACCUUGCCAAUAGGGGCAGGGAGGCUUCCAGGUGGCUUAAAGGCAAAGGGCAUGUCACGACGCGGGUGACGGCCCAUGACACGCCCGAGGAUGCGCCGGCUGGCCCGGUGUCGGUCGGCGAUAGCCUGCGCAACCUGCGCGACUUCUGGCGGGAGAUCUGGGACAGGACUCCUUGUGAUCACGAGGCAGCCGUCCGAAGAUGGAAGCAGCAUGGGAAGCGGCAGCGCUUCAAUGGGCGGGCGUGUUCGCUGUGGGAGCCUGCGGCUUUGCACGCGGCCGCUCGGGCCAAACCGGUUGGGGGCGCUGGCCCAUGCGGCUGGUCCGGCCAGGAAGUUUCCACGUGGCCAGCCCGUGCUUGGGAAGUCUUUAGUCAGCUCGUUGACCGAUGGAUGCAGCGCGGGGUUUUUCCUCAGGCUUGGAGACAGGUUCGUCAGAUUCACUUGCCUAAGGAGGAUGGUUCGACAUCCAACGCCCAGGUUCGGGCCGACAAGCUCCGGCCGAUCGUCGUCAUGUCCAUCUUGUGGAGGAUUGUCAGCUCGGCGGCGGCCUCCCACGAGAAGAUGCAGCAGUGGAUCCAGCGUGUGGUGGAACCGGAGCAGUGCGGCGGGAUCCGCGGACGCCAUGCUCACCAUGGGCUCGGCCGUUUGUGUCGGACGUUUCAGGCUGGGGCUGUCCUCACCAGCCUCGACCUGGCUAAAUGCUUCGACCAUGUCCAUCCGGACAUGGUGUUGAGGGUCUUGGAGGCCGCCGGCUUUCCCAGAAGUUUGCGUGCGGCCAUGGCUCACGCGUGGUCUCAGGAGCGAUUCCUUGAAGUCGGAGGUUAUGUGCUUCAGGAGUCGCAGCACGUGAGUUCCUCCAUGCCACAAGGAGACGGGCUCUCCCCGCUAGCCCUCAACGUACUGCUGGCGGCACCCUGUGCUGCGGCGCGGCACCUGCAGUGCGAGCAGUUUGAGCAGAACAUCUUCCUGGAUGACCGCGCUUUCACCGCGAAGCCUGCUGACGUCCCCAGGCUCCUGCAGCACUGGACGAGCUGGUCGGAGUCGUUCGGGCUCAAGGAGAACAAGCGCAAGCAAGCCAUUGUGACCAGAUGUGCUGCUUCGGCACAGCGGCUCCGCAACUUGGGGCUCGGGCCGCUCUUGUGCAGUUCGGCCAGAGUUUUGGGUGUGGACUUCACUGACAGCUCCGGCGCUCCGAGCCCUACCGCGGAGGCACGGCUCAGCGAGGCGAUGCAGAUGGGCCGUAAGCUCAUCAAUCCCGGAAUCCCUCUUGACAUCCGGAGAGACCUGUGGCGGACCCGAGUCAUCCCGAAGGCGAGCUGGGGUCACUUGCUGCGACCCGUCUCCCAGGAGAUCGCGAAAGAGUUCAGGGCCCUCUUCAAGCGAGUGACCUACGGCCAUCGGAUGGGCCACAACGGCCUUAGGGGAAUCCUGGAAGGCCAUGGCAUGGACCUUGGCUUCAUGGCAGGCCUGCACACCUUGCGCACUUGGCGCUCGUCGGGCUCGGCGCAGGCCCUCCUUGCGAAGAGCACUGCUGGCACUUGGUUUGGGUCGGUCUGCAACUUCUUAGGAGCUCAGGCUUGGCGGCACGAGGGAGGCGGCAUCUUCAACACCGCAGCUAGGCGCAUCGACUGUGUGAACGAGGCCGCUGCUCCUCUCGAACACCAGCUUCGAUCGCAGUGGAGGCAACAGCUUCAUGAGGACUUCGUGCAGGCUGACAGACGAGAUGCCAGGGCUUUGCGCAUGUGGUGCUUUAGCGAGGCCCAAGUGAGGAAAGCGAUCCCGCUGUACCAGGCGGCGGGAUCAGAUGUUAAGGCCGUUAUGCUGGGGGCCGCUCACUCGUCUGCCUUCUACAUGAAGGCGAGGGUUGGCCAUGCUGCUCCUCGAUGCCCUUGGUGUGAUGCCAGGGCUGUGCCGGACUGGGACCACCUGGCUUGGCAGUGCAGCGGCAUGCCAGGUGUUGAGGAUAGACCGCCUGUUCCCCCUCUCGCUCUUCAGAGGAGGCUGGGAUGGCCGGAAGCUGGUGAGUGCAGCUCCGUGGCGGCCCGCAGGCUGCGCUGGCUUGGAAGUGUGCGAGAGGCGGGCGGUGCCGGGGACUACAAGCAGUACAUGGACUACUCCAAGUAUACGCAGGGUCAGGGCUCGCAGGGUGGAGCCACCAAAGAGGCGGAGUCCAAAGCAGGCACUGAUGGCCCUGCUCUGCUUGUCGCUCCCACUGACAACACAGAGGCAGCAAAGGAGAGUCAGUUGCGCGAGGAGGAGAAGAAACACCUCCGUGAGGAGCUGGCAUCCGAGCGCGAGCGAUUGCACAAAGAGCUGGCCGGGGAGCAGGAGAAAUUGAAAGAGGAGCAGAAGGAGAAAGCCGCUGAAGCCGCUCCUGCUGAGCUUGCAGCCGGUGCUUGGUCCCAGCCGCUGCUGCUCUCAACGGGGCAGGUGCAGUUGAACGGAGCCGGCGACUACCUCAUGUACGCUGAGGCGGCGAUCGAGACGCUGAAGAAGUUCGACACUCUCCUUCGAAGGGGUGGCCUGCAAAACCGGAGUGCAAAUCAAGGGUACUGGGAAAGCCACUUUGCCUACGACGUGGGGCCGGACGGUCCUUUGUCAAGCCGUCUGCCGGACUCGGAGGGCCGGCCUCUGUCUGCCCCAGGGUGCCGCCCCAUCAAGCACCGGCCGCAGCCGAUCAAGGAAGAAGUGGAGAAAACGGAUGAGUCUCCUGGCGGCUCUUCUCCGUCGAAGAGUCCAUCGAUACCUCCGGCGACGCCUGUGGCCGUAGACACAGAGCAGCCGCCUGCAGAGCCCGAGGAAGCAGGUGAGAAGAGGGCUUCCAAGAACACCCCGCUGCUGCUCUCCCUGGCGCGCUUCAUGACGAAGGUCAAAGCAAAAAAGUCCAAGAGGGAGAAGCUGGAAGAAUUCUUCUACGUCGCAGAGGAGAAGGCGAAGUGGAGUCGGCGGCCGUCGAAGCCCCGGCUCCUCACGCAAGAAAUGGAAGAGGAGUGGGCCGAGCUCCAGGACAAGGUGCGUAUGGAGAAAGGCAAGUGGAUUCAGCACUCGCGCCGAAAGGUGGAAGCAAUGUUCCAGGAGGAAGAGUUCGGCGAGAACUGGGAUCGUCAGCAGCGGAAUCUUCAGCGUGAGAGGAAUCCGAGACAGCAGGACAAUAUCUUCGACACGCUCUCUUUCGUGAGGUGGAAGGUGAACAAGCAGCUUCGGCAAGCUAUGCAGGACGUGGAGAAGGGCAAUAAGGUCAACCUCCCGAGGAAGCAGGACCGCUCGGCCGGGCCCCCGCCGCCGGAUCCUGUGUGGAUAGUGGGCGACAGGGAGGAUUCAGGCUUGGAGAAGGCACGGGAAAGGAUCGCCACGCUUCGUGCGAAGAAGUACCGUGGGAAGCCUUUCAUGCCAAUGGGCCAGGGCCGGGGCUGGCGUGUGGACCAAGAUCUCUUCGACCACGUUGAUGAGCUGUUUCAGCAGUACGGCGAACCCGCCGCCAUCAACGAGGACGCCGUAACCACACGGGCUGCUUCCGAAAUGGUCGGGGCGAAGCAGAAGGAGCGUCGAGCCUCUGACUCUGACAGCGAGAGCGGGCACAGUGACAGUUCCUCUGCGCUGCAGAGGCGGGUGGUCUCAGCUCCGGCGAGCAUGCGCCGCGUUCAAGCGCGGCGCAUCACGCGCUCGCGCGCCAAGUCGCGCGAGCUCUCAGUCCUGCCCCCGUGGAUGCGGCAGAUGCUCGUACAGGAUGACAUUUGGCAGCAGCUUCCGGAAAGCAGUCCGUGGGAUCGGACUUGCUGGCUCCAGCCUGUGCGUGUGAAGGGCCGCACAGCUACUGACCGUGCCAUGACGCCCGAGCAGGUGGCAAAGGCACUUUCGAGAAAGAGCUCCCGAAGCGACAAGCCACGGCGGGUGGCUGAGGAUCCGGUCCUCUUCGUUCGCAAGGCUUGUCGCUCCAUCGUCGAGGAGUAUGCAGAAAAGGCGCCGGAGGAUGCCGCUCCAACCCUGAAGCCAGAGGAACCUACGAGACCCGGCUCACCUGUGUCGCUGGAUACCGAGACAAGACACAACCGUGUGAUGGAGAUUUUGGAGCGGGACAGCCUGCUCACUCAGGAGAGGCGGAAGUUCGGUGUUGGGACCCAGAUUCGUUUGUGGGUAGUGAUGGCGGCAAUAUCUGUUGUUUUAGGUAUAAAUCCAAGGGCUCGCCAAACGUUUGGUUUGAAUUUUGGGCUAGUCGGCUUGUAG